AUGCUUUGUGCAUUCUUUUUUAGAUACGAUCCAUGGAGUGAAGAUUUUUCUGGUGAUUCAUUUGUUAAAACACUUGAUUAUAUAGAUUUAUAUUAUUUAUCUAAAUAUACGGUUUCAAAUGUAUUAUCAACAUCAUCAAAUAUAAAUAAUAAUGUUGCAAAAAUAACUACUCUGCCAAAUGGUGUACGUGUUACAACUCAAAAUAUACCUGGUCACUUUUCAGCAGUUGGAGUAUAUGUUGAUACAGGUUCAAGAUAUGAAACUGAAAAAAAUAUCGGGAGUACAGAAAACCGAUCAGAAGAAAAAAUGAUUGAAACAAUGGAAUCAUUAGGAUCUAAUAUAAUGUGUGGAAGUAAUCGUGAAGCAAUUACAUAUCAAUCAGCAAUUUUUCCACAAGAUUUAUCAAAAGUGAUAUCAUUAUUUGCUGAUGUUAUUCGUAACCCACUAAUUUCUCAAAAUGAAGUUAUUGAACAACAACAAUCAAUAUUAUAUGAAAUCAAUGAAGUAAAUCAAAAGCCUGAUAUAUCAUUAGGUGAGAUACUUCAUAUUGUUGGUUAUAAAAAUAAUACAUUGGGUAAUCCUAUUCUAUGUCCUGAGGAAAGAUUAUACCAGAUAACUCCUAAUUUAAUUAAAGAGUUUAUGUCAACUUGGUAUGUACCAGAACGAAUUGUUGUUGCUGCAAUUGGUGCAGAUCAUGAUGAAGUUGUUGAUUUGGUUUAUAAAAAUUUUGGCGAUAUGAAAAAAUCUACUGUUGAUUUAUCUCUAGAAAAUAAUAAUUCACUUAAUCUAAAUACACCACCCCCUUCAACAUUACCACCAACACCAAUACCUUCAAAUUAUAAUAAGCAACCAUCAUUAUACAAAACAAUAACAACUUUAGCUUCAUCAUUUUUAAAACCAAAGGAUCCUUCUUCUAUUCCACCAUCUUUUCAAGAUCAGCAACAACAACAAUUAUCACAACCACUUUUGAUACAAAAAUCACAUUAUACAGGUGGUUUAGGUGGUGUAGUUGAACAAUCAUCUGAUAAAACUCAUGUCCAGCUAGCUUUUGAAGGAUUGUCUGUACAUGAUCCAGACAUUUAUGCACUGGCAAUACUCCAAUCACUUUUAGGUGGAGGUGGUUCAUUUUCAGCAGGUGGACCUGAUUCUGGUUUAUUUGGUAUAAUGGCUUCAUGUGAUUCAGAAUAUAGUUCAAUUUUAUUGGAGGUUUUGGGUCAACAAUUUGAUACUUUAACUACUUUUGAUGGUUAUAAUUCUAUUACAAAUGCAGAAUUAUUUCGUGCAAAGAAUCAGUUGAAAAGCAAUUUGUUAAUGAGUUUAGAGUCUAGAAUGGUGCAAUUAGAAGAUUUAGGAAGACAGGUUCAAGUAUUUGGCAAAAAAAUUCCAAUUGAAGAAAUGUGUCAAAAAAUAGACAAUCUUACAUUAAGUGAUGUUAUUCGUGUUGCAAGAAGAAUUAUUAGAGGUCAAGUAUAUAAUGAAGGGAAUGGUUCUGGUGAGGUGACAUUGGUUUUCCAUGAUAAAAAACAAUUAUUUGAUUUACCUGAAGUUUUAAAAUUAUGUGAGAAAUAUGGUCUUGGUAGAUAUUAUGGUAGUAAUUCAAAAACAAAUUAA